AUGAUCGCCAACCUCGCAAGCCUCCUCCCCUACCUCGCUCUCGCAGGUCUUGCCCUCGAGGCCGCACCGGUCUCGGCUGCGCACGGUGUCCAGCGCCACCCGCGCGACCGCCACACCAAGCACAUCGAGCGUGCCCACAAGGUCGACGCUCGCAUGUCGCCCGUCGGUGCCAAGCACAAGAUCAUUCGUCGCGCCGACGGCUCGCAGUGCCGUGUCCGCCCCACCUCCGCCACCACUGAGGCCGUCGCUGUCGAGACUGCCGCUGCCACUGAGGCCGCCUCGACCGCCGACUCGUACAGCGUCGAGGCUGCUGCCUACACCGAGGCUGCCUCGACCGACGCCGCCUACACUGAGGCUGCCGCCUCGAGCGUCUACACCGAGGCCGCCUACGCCUCGCCCACCGAGUCGUCGGCCGAGGCCCAGCAGACCGAGGCCGCUAGCAGCAGCGUCUACACCGAGGCUGCUUCGACCGAGGCUGCCUCGGCCGUCACGACCGCUUCGUCGUCGUCGUCGACCGCCGGUGCCGCCUCGUCGGGUGGCACGACCAACGUCGGCUCCAAGUUUGGUGCCGCCUGGCCCAACGGAGACUACGCGUCGUCGAGCGACCCCAACUACAUUGGCAACUACAUUGGUUCCAAGACCUCGUGGUACUACACCUGGGCCGCUUCGUCGGUCUCGGCUGGUGACAACCUCGGCCUCGAGUUCGUCCCCAUGCUCUGGGGUCCCAGCAGCGACCUCGUUUCGGCUUGGUGGGCGGCCCAGUCCAGCUGGCCCUCGUCGGUCAAGCACGCUCUCUUCUUCAACGAGCCCAACGAGUCGUCGCAGUCCAACGUUGCCGUCAACGACGCCAUCUCGUACUGGAUGAACGACUACCUCCCCGUUCGUGCCAGCAAGGGUCUCCUGCUCGGUUCCGCCGCCACCACCUCGGCCCCCAGCGGUCUUACCUGGGUCACCGACUUCCCCACCGCGUGCACUGGUGCCGGUAACUCUGCUGCCGACUGCGCUGCCGACUUUGUCCCCGUCCACUGGUACGACGUGUCGGCCACCGACUUCCAGACCUACCUCACCAACUUCCACACCGGCACCGGCCUCCCCCUCUGGGUCACCGAGUACGCCUGCCAGAACUUCAACGGCGGUGCCCAGUGCUCCGACUCGGAGACCUGGUCGCUCCACCAGACCAUGGCCGCUUGGAUGGACGAGCAGGACUUCAUCCAGCGCUACUCGCCCUUCGGCAUGAUGGAGAACAUGCAGGGUGUCGAGCAGUACAACGCCCUCAUGGACACCUCGGGUUCCAUCACCGACCUCGGUACCUACUACAUCUACUCGUCGUAA